AUGAAUGUCAAAAGUUUCUUGUUUAUAUUGCAAUAUCUAUCACAGUCUAUUGAUAUCUAUCUAUCUAUCUAUCUAUCUAUCAAGUCUGUCAAUCAUAGUCUGUUCAAAGUCUAUCAUAGUCUAUUAAUAUCGAUCUAUCUAUCUCUGUCUGUUCACCUCCCUCUUCCUAUCUAUCUAAUUGUUUAUGACUAUCUAUCUAUCUAUCUAUCUAUCUAUCUAUCUAUCUAUCUAUCCCAGUCUGUUCAUAUCUAUCUAUCUAUCUAUCUAUCUAUCUAUCUAUCUCAGUCUGUUUAUAUCUAUCUCCCUGUUCAUAUCUAUCUAAUCGUUCAUAUCUAUCUAUCUAUCUAUCUAUCUAUCUAUCUAUCUAUCUAUCUAUCUAUUCUGUCAAUCACAUUUUUUAAUUUUUCGACGUUCUUUCUUUCUUUCUUUCUUUUUUUCUUUCAUUUUUCUUAA